UCAAACUGUCUUUAACUACCAACAAUGUCCUCUUGGACAUGUACACUGUCUACUUCCCCUCUUUCUCUACCUCUUCAACAACCUUCCCAUUCAUUUAACCAUAAACCACCAACAAACUUACACACAAGUACACUCAUUUCCAAGAAAUUACAACAAGAACCCACCUCAGAAACACCCUCAUCAGCUCAAUGGAUAGACACUCUUCGAUCCCAAGUUCGCUUAAACUCCUUCAAAGAAGCAAUCUUUACAUAUAUACAGAUGAAUGGUGAAGGUGUUAAGCCUGAUAAUUUUGUUUUUCCUGCAGUUCUGAAAGCUGCUACAGGCCUUCAGGACUUGAAUCUUGGAAAACAGAUACAUGGUUCUGUUGUUAAAUUUGGUUAUGACACGUCAUCAGUCACCGUGGCGAAUUCUCUUAUCCAUUUACUUGGGAGGUGUGCUCGGAGUAUUGAUGAUGUUUAUAAAGUGUUUGAUAGGAUUAAUGAGAGAGAUCAAGUUUCUUGGAAUUCUUUGAUAAAUGCACUAUGUAAAUUUGAGAAAUGGGAGUUAGCAUUGGAGGCUUUUAGAUUGAUGGGGUUAGAUGGAUUUGAGGCUAGUUCGUUUACGUUGGUGAGUAUGGCGCUUGCUUGUAGUAAUUUGCCUAGGAGUGAUGGGUUGAGGCUUGGUAAGCAAGUACACGCGUAUAGUUUGAGAAUAGAUGAUAGGAAGACUUAUACAAACAAUGCUUUGAUGUCUAUGUAUGCGAAACUAGGAAGGGUGGAUGAUUCAAGAUCUGUUUUUCAGUUGUUUGGAGAUCGAAAUAUUGUUUCGUGGAAUACUAUGAUAAGUUCUUUUUCACAGAAUGACCAGUUUCGAGAGGCGUUGGAUAACUUUAGAGUCAUGAUUCAAGAAGCGAUAAAGCCUGAUGGAGUCACGAUAUCAAGUGUUGUUCCUGCUUGUUCUCAUCUGGCUUUGCUGGAUGUUGGGAAGCAAAUUCAUUGUUACGUCUUGAAGAAUGAUGAUUUGAUUGGGAACUCGUUUGUUGAUAGUGCAUUAGUUGACAUGUAUUGCAAUUGUCAACAGGUUGAAAGUGCGCGUCGAGUUUUUGACAGUACCUUGAAAAGGAGCAUUGGGAUUUGGAAUGCUAUGCUUGCUGGCUACACACAAAACGGAUUCUUUAAGGAGGCAUUGAAGUUAUUUACAGAGAUGAUGGAAUUCUCUGGGCUAAGUCCAAAUCCAACCACUGUCGCAAGUGUUUUACCUGCCUGUGUACAUUGUGAAGCAUUUUCCCUUAAAGAAGUCAUCCAUGGGUAUGUUAUUAAAUUGGGUUUCGCAGAUGAAAAGUACGUGCAAAAUGCAUUGAUGGACUUGUAUUCUAGGAUGGGAAAGAUAAAUAUAUCAAAGUAUAUAUUUGACAACAUGGAGAAUAAAGAUAUAGUUUCAUGGAAUACUAUUAUAACCGGUUUUGUAGUUUGUGGUUACCAUGAAGAUGCACUUAUUAUGUUACAUGAGAUGCAAACAGCAAAAAGAAACAAUGACUCUCAGAAUGAUGUAGAAUUUCGGUUAAAACCUAACUCAAUAACCCUCAUGACUGUCCUUCCUGGUUGUGCCUCGCUGGUUGCUCUAGCAAAGGGCAAAGAGAUACAUGCUUAUGCUACUAGAAAUGCAUUGGCAACGGAUAUAGCCGUGGGAAGUGCAUUGGUUGAUAUGUAUGCAAAGUGUGGCUGUUUAGAUACUGCUAGGAUAGUUUUUGAUAACAUGAUUACCAAAAAUGUGAUCACAUGGAAUGUUCUCAUUAUGGCUUAUGGGAUGCAUGGGAAGGGAGAGGAAGCCUUGGAACUUUUUAAGAUGAUGGUGUUCGAAGGGAAAGUGAAGCCAAAUAACGUCACAUUUAUUGCAAUUUUUGCUGGAUGCAGUCACACAGGCAUGGUAGAUCAAGGUCGGCAAUUGUUCCGAAAAAUGAAAAAUGCUUAUGGUGUUGAACCAACUGCGGAUCAUUACGCUUGCAUUGUUGAUUUGCUGGGUCGAGCAGGCCAUCUAGAAGAAGCAUAUCAGCUUGUAAAGGAGAUGCCUUCUGAGUACAACAAAAUUGGUGCCUGGAGUAGUUUACUUGGUGCCUGUAGGAUACAUCGCAACGUAGAACUUGGUGAAAUUUCGGCAAGGAAUCUCUUUGAAUUGGAUCCACAUGUAGCUAGUCACUAUGUUUUACUCUCCAACAUUUAUUCAUCUGCUGGGAUUUGGGAAAAAGCAAACAUGGUUCGACGUAACAUGAAAAAGUUUGGAGUAAGAAAAGAACCUGGGUGCAGUUGGAUUGAGUUUGGAGAUGAAGUUCACAAGUUCGUAGCUGGAGAUGCAUCGCACCCACAAAGCGAGCAACUCUAUGGAUUUCUCGAGACUUUGUCAGAAAAGAUGAAAAAGGAAGGUUAUGUACCAGAUACUUCCUGUGUUCUUCACAAUGUUAACGAGGACGAAAAGGAAAAUCUACUCUGCGGACACAGUGAAAAAUUAGCUAUAGCUUUUGGUAUCCUAAAUACCCCUCCUGGAACCACCAUACGGGUUGCAAAGAACCUUAGGGUUUGCAAUGAUUGCCAUGAGGCAACUAAAUUUAUCUCAAACAUUGUGAAGAGAGAGAUCGUUGUUCGGGAUGUAAGGAGAUUCCAUCACUUCAGAAAUGGAACCUGUUCAUGCGGGGAUUAUUGGUGAUAUAAUUUGUUUUGUUAGAUUUAUAUAAGUUCUGUUUAUAGAUUCUUCUAAUGUCUGAACAUAGGUAAAUACACCAACUGUAACUUACAUUUGCUGACUAUAUUAUUGAGAA